AAAUGCACUUAUCAACUAUCAAUGAACAAAACRGCAGAUCACAAAUGUACAGCUCAUUGAAAGYAAGCAGUAUUCGUCCACUAUGUUUAAAAACUUUUAAAACCCUUUGGCCCCUUCGCUGUUGAGUGUUGAUUCUUUUGGAUAAAUGAUCACGACCASAAGAACACAAACAUAUGGAGCAGCAAUGCACAAGCGAAAGUCAUUCCAAAAGGACGCCCAAAGACUGGCCAAGUCGACACAAGUCAAGCUGGACGAAAUCUAUUAUCGCGUUGAGAAAGAYAAAAAACGUACAGUAAUGUUGAACCGAUACGAACGCAUCAAAGUUUGGAAUGAACUUCGAGAAAUCCGUCGAGUCUUUGUGCCCAACUAUGUACCACAAGCAGGUAUGGAAAAAGRAAUGAGUUCGAGUGACUUAUCAGGACAGGMAACUGAACCUAAUGCUGAAAACAUAAAAACAAMCACAGGAAAGACGUUUGAAAARRAAAYAUUGGAUGCAGUUUUGAGUCUUCGAAGACAAAGGAGAGCAACAGCGGAAGAAAAGGGRAAUUCGAGCAGAGUUGUUUCAGAAGAAGUGUACAGUUUAAGCAGCACAGAUAAAAACGAAGAGAGAAAUACUUCACUCAACCUUACAUGUAUAAACAAUGAAGGACGAGGUUCCAAACAAAAGCGUUCAAACAGCAUUCCUUCAUCCACGCAGGAGGCAGCUUYAGAGGGWCCUUCCUCUCCAAAAGAKUCUUCUGCACGGCCAUACAUCCCCUUGAGUAAGCGUGUCAGUGCUUCUCCAUCCAACACCAUGAUAUCUGUCUCGUCUGGGUAUCUGUCCUUCAAGAAAUUUGUCAAGGACAAAACGCACACACAGUCUUUAAUAAGUCCUCGUUUCCGCUGUAAGAGUGACAGUGAGAUUAACAUGGAAGGCCAGUCUGCUUUCUUGACACAGCUACCAAUAAGCAAACGUACCACUGCUAAUGUUGUGAUGGAUAAACAAGAUAAAAUGAAGAAAGAAAAUAACACUAAUAAUUGCGACAAAAUGAACAGCAGGGUGGGACUAGAGAGAACACUCUCUGCACCGGAACUGAAUGAUAAAAUAUCACAUCAAAGUAAAGAGAUCCAUGUCAAGGGAAACCGUCCUUGCAGUAAGAUGAAAGAUAGAAGCCUUUCUUGUCAAGAAUUCAGCAUUGAUAAAGUAAAGCAGGAAGGCGAACAUAACCCUAACAAUAAAAUGCGAAAACGCUCUUGUAGUGUGCCUCAAGAAAAAAUAUAUGAGUCAAAACUCCAAAGUCAAGAUAAUGCGAAGCAACUUCUCCGUGGUUCGAUACAAGAAAAAAAGACUUCUUAUCAAGGAAAGAACAUCAAAACAAUUCCUCGAAGGCGUAAAACGGGCAUUGACAAUGGUAUAAACUUUACGGGCUUGAGAGAACUCGUUGACAGAGCUUUGGACUUAAAAAAUGAUAUUCCUGAAACAAGAGAAUCUCAUGACGAGAAAACAAGGGCAUCUUGUAGAGGGAAGAGCAUGACAGCAAGUCCUCGAAGGCGUAAAACUUCCACUGACAGGACUUUAGACUUAGAAAACAUUCCUGAGACAAAAGAGGUUUGUGACGAGGACAUCAAAACUAUUCGUUCGUUUUCUUGCUAAAAUUAACGUUAAAAAGUUUUCGUUCACAUGAAUAUUAACUCUUACCUGGCCACUUACCUUUUUGGAAGUAUAAGGAAGCCACUUUUAAUGAUUUUCUGAUCUUUUAAAGAAYAAGAAUGCCGAAACCUUACAGAUAUUGUAAUUGUAGCAAACAUCAGCAAACAUCAUUUGUCGGCCAUAUUGAAUUUGUGKAACCUGGCCAGAUUUGGACCACAGGGACCCCACGAAAAUGACAAGUCUACUUUAUAUCGACCGUUAUAUUGCAAGAAAUUUGAAUUGACAUAAAAAGGAAAUGAUAUUCAGCUCAGUUUUCCAAUKUUUAAAAUUUUUUGKACCAUACKCCGGGCCGCUAUUACAUGUAUUGAUCCUUUUUUCCUGUUUUYAGCUGUKGCGCGGGAUUUCCGUACGCGCMCGCGAUAGAGUCUCGUUAAAUGCCGAGAAAGAAUGUCUACGUSCAUAACAUGGCCACUYCAUUAUUGACUAUAUCUCAAAAUUUC